GGAUGCUAUUUAUAUCUGCUAGUUGGUUAGUGGGCCGACAGGUUUCGUCACCGCUUCUUAAUGGCCGCCGCUAAUCUCAUCUGCUGCACAUACUUUUUGUUUUCCUCUUUUCUCUCCCACAAUUCACUUCGCUUUCGUGAGAAAACAACCAACCUUUCCUUGACUUUUUUCGACUUUCUCAAAACUGGUGGUUUCUCUCAUGGCUCCAGGAGACUUCAAAUUCCUACUAGUAGCCGCUGAAAUGAUUAAAGAGGAUGAACAGAGGCUGAAAUACUAGGCAUUCGUUCAAGUAGCCGCUGUCCAUGCGGUUUUGUGCUUCACCAACCUCAACGUUUACGUUAAGGAAAGGUCGGGACUGUUGAAGCCUGGCAUGGAGAUCGUUGAGGGAAUGGUUAAGAGCGUGGUUCGACUGGUUUUGAACAAGUACUAUGAUGUCCCUGUUGAGCUUCUCAAAAUUGUUGACAGCAAGGUUGGUGAAUCUGUAACUAAGAUCGAUGAUCUUGUCCCACCAGUCAUCAACCAGAUCUCAUCCGAAGCCAUCUCCGCUGCCCAAAGGGCUGCAGGGGGAGUGGCUACUGAUGUCCAGCUUGCUGGAGUGGUGAACAAUGCCUCAGGUUUCAUCAAUCAGGUCUCGUCCGAAGCCAUCUCGACUGCCCAAAAGGCACCAGGGGUUGGUGAAUCUGUGACUAAGAUUGAUCGUCUUGUCCCUCCAGCCAUCAAGCAGGUAUCAUCCGAAGCCAUCUCGGCUGCCCAAAAGGCUCCAGGAGUGGCUGGGGGUGUGGCUACUGAGGUCCAGAAUGCUGGAGUGAUGAGCACUGCCUCAGGAUUCAUCGAGCAGGCCUCAUCGGAAGCCAUCUCGGCUACCCAAAAGGCUGCGGGAGUGGCCGGAAAUGUGGCUACUGAGGUUCAGCAAGCUGGAGUGACUUUCACAAACCCAGCGGCUUCUGUCAUGGCUCAAGGACACUCCAACUUCCUACAAGUAGCCGCUGAAACGAUUAAGGAAGAAGAACAGAGGCUGAAAUACUUGGCAUUCGUUCAAGUAGCCGCUGUCCAUGCGGUUUUGUGUUUUACCAACCUCCUCGUUUACGUUAAGGAAAGGUCAGGACCGUUUAAGCCUGGCGUCGAGAUCGUUGAUGAAAUGUUUAAGAGCAUGGUUCGAAUGGUUUUGAACAAGUAUUUUAAUGUACCUGUUGAGCUUCUCAAAUUUGUUGAUACCAAGGUUGGUGAAUCUGUGACUAAAAUUGAGGGUCCUGUCCCUCCAGUCAUCAAGCAGGUCUCAUCCGAAGCCAUCUCAGCUGCCCAAAUGACUGCAGGAGUGGUUGGGGGUGUGGCUACUGAGGUCCAGCGUGCUGGAGUGGAGACCACUGCGUCAGGAUUCAUCAAACAGGUCUCAUCUGAAGCCAUCUCGGCUGCCCAAGAGACUCCAGAGGUUGGUGAAUCUGUUACUAAGAUUGAUCGUCUUGUCCCUCCAGUCAUCAAGCCGGGCCCAUCCAAAGCCAUCUUGGCUACGCAAAUGGCCGUAGGAGUGGCCAGGGGUGUGGCUACUGAGGUCCAGCGUGCUGGAGCGGUGAGCAAUGCCUCAGGAUUCUUGAAACAGGUUGGUGAAUCUGUGACUAAGAUUGAUCAUCUUGUCUCUCCAGUCAUCAACCAGGUUUCAUCUGAAGCCAUCUCGGCUGACCAAAAGGCUCCAGGAGUGGAUGGAGGUGUGGCUAUUGAGGUCCAGCGUGCUGGAGUGAUGAGCGCUGCCUCGGGAUUCAUCGAGCAGGUCUCACCUGAAGCUCUGUUAGCUGUCCAAAAGGCUUCGGAGGCUGGUGAAUCUGUGACCAAGAUUGAUCAUCUUGUCCCCGUAGUCAUCAACCAGGUCUCAUCCGAAGCCAUCUCAGCUGCCCAAAAGGCUGCAGGGGUGGCUUCUGAGCUCCAGCGUGCUGGAGUGGUGAGCGCUGCCUCAGAACUCCUUGAGCAGGUCUCAUCCGAAGCCAUCUCGACUGGCCAAGUGGCUCCAAGGAUGGCUUGGGGUGUGGCUACUGAGGUCCAGCGUGCUGGAGUGGUGGAUACUUCCUCAGGAUUCAUCAAGCCAGUCUCAUCUGAAGUCAUCUCGGCUGCCCAAAAGGCUCCAGGGUUGGCUCGGAAUAAGGCUACUGAGGUCCAGCAUGCUGGAUUGGUGAGCACUGCCUCAGGAUAUGCAAAAUCUGCAGCGAAAGGGCUGUAUGCAAAGUACGAGCCAAAAGCUGAAGAAUACGCUGUUUCAGCUUGGCAUAAACUAAACCGGAUUCCUCUCUUCCCGCAAGUAGCUUCAAUAGUUGUCCCAACAGCUUCCUAUUUCACCGACAAGUAUAACAAGACAGUGGUUAGCAGUGCAAAGAAGGGGUACAAGGUUGCCUCAUAUUUGCCAUUGGUUCCCACUGAGAAGAUCGCCAAGGUGUUCAGUGAAGACAAGCCUGAAUCAGUGCCACAUCUCUCCAAGAGUUUAUUUGUUUGAAUCUGUUUAUGUUACUUGGUGAUUAUAUGCUUGCCUAAGAUAAAAAUCUCUCUCUCUCUCUCCUGUUAUAGAUAAAGUUGUGGAUUUGGAUUUUCAUGUAUCCAUAACCUCUUUUCUCAAUUCUUUCCUUGUUUUUUUCUAUUGAAAUUAUUUGGUUUGCUGUGAAGUUGGUCUUGUUUUAUUCAGCUUUGAGUCUGAAAAAAUGAAUAACUUUUACCAUUGGCCUGUUUAUUAUUAUUAGUCAUAGAAAGAGUGACUUGUUAUUUGAGUUGUAAUGAGCUAAUAAUAAAUAUGUGGUCAGUGAUUGCAUGAGUAUUAAAAAAAAUCUUCACUCAAAAAUAGUAAGAUUGGAAUCUUAUAAAUAUUCAAGCAUAACUCAAUAUUAUUCUAAGCUGAUUACAAUUUAAGAAGAAAUAUAUCAAAACUAUUUGUAAAAUAAUUUUUUAAAAAAUAAACUGCAUAUCAUUU